AUGUCUAUCAAUAAAAAUAGUCUUUUAACAAAUCAUAAAUCGUUUUUCGAUCAUUAUCAAAAUGUUAAAAAUGAAGUGAAAGGAUUAUUAACAUUUCAUCCUAAAGAAUGGAUUAGUGCAUUUCGAUCAAAUUCAAAAUAUCCUUUAUUUGUACGCGGUGAUAUUGAUGGUUUUGUUUCGUUAUUUAUGAAUAAUAUAUCAACAUUACUAGCAAUUAUCUUAAGUUUACAACCCAUUUUAGGAGAUAAAAUUGUUUAUAGUAAGAUUCUACCUGGAACUGGAUUAGCCAUGUUAUGGGGUAAUUUUUAUUAUGUUUAUAUGGCUCGAAAACUUGCAUUUAAAGAAAAGCGUGGUGAUGUAUGUGUUAUGCCUUAUGGUAUCUGUACUCCAGGUGCAUUUGCGUUUAUUUAUGUCAUUAUAUCACCUACUUANUGA